GCUUAGCCAUGGAUUUUAGGCUGGUCUUCUGUUCCCUAUUAUUUGUCAUCGUCUCAGUGUCUGCCAAGGCGACACAUCGAGGAAGUAUAUUCAAAAGAAGUCCUAACCCGUGUCCGCCCGGAUGUCCCGGAUCAUGCGCCCCGUCAUGUACAGCGGUAUGUUGUGCGCCUCCACCACCACCACCUCUUCCACCUCUUCCACCACCACCACCCCCACCACCACCUCCUCCACCCGGUCCCCCUGGCCCUGAUGGUCCCAUGGGUAUGGCAGGCCCCGCCGGACCCGACGGCCCGAAGGGACCGCCAGGACCUCCCGGACUUCCCGGCCCACCCGGUCUUCCCGGACUUCCCGGUGCACCAGCUGGACCCCCAGGACGUGACGGCCCCAUGGGACCUCCCGGACCCUCCGGACAUCAAGGACCACCCGGUGAUCUCGGCCCUAUGGGUCCCCCCGGAAAUCCUGGACUGCCCGGACCCCCGGCUCCUCCUGGUGGCAUGCCCCCCUGCCCACCGGUUUGCGUCCACACUUGUAUCAAGGCUUGUGCACCCCAAUGCUGUCACGGACGCAAGAAGAGAUCUCACCUCUUGGAAUAAGAACAACGACAACAUCAACUACUGCAGCUAUUUUUAUACUCCUGUUCCGACGAGUGAUACCAGUUUUUAUCACACCGCUGAGCGAAUAGUAUUUAGUGAUACCCUUCCGAAAUUGUCGUCUUUCCUGUUAGAGUUUAGGAUGUUGCUUUUGAGUUUGUUUUAUGUUGUAUAUUUAUAGUGAAAUCUCAGCUCGCUUAGUUUUUGUUGUUUUGCUUUUGAAAUAAAAACAGUUGUAAGCUUUCAGUGGAAAGGUACGUGAGUUUCGAGGCUUCGUGCAUCAUCAGUUUCUGGCAAUUGCCCUUGAUUUGUAUUCCCUUGGCCUUCAACCGGCUUUGGUGUGAGAGACAUUGCAUUUACUGAUAAAGUUGUAGGAAUGAAGGAAUUAUUUGAAAUGUUUAAUAAAAUUACCUCUCUUAGUAUA